AGUCCCAUUACUACAGUAUGUGGUGCUCGGCUUCUUCCCUCUGUUAAAAUCCCAACUAGGUUCCCUGGGUUUGCGAAUCUGAGGAACCUCAUGUUGAAUCUCUUGCAGAAGACGAAGCGCUUCCAAGCCCGUCUGAUCGGCAGCCUUGGACCUUUUCUCCCAUCAGACGAACCCUUUCGCGUCCUGCUUGCCUACUUGGCAGCAAUCGAGGGCCUGAUUUUCAGUUGGCGUGGUGUCCUUGCUAGAUGUAUUCAUCACCAAAAACAUCUGGCGAUCUGGGUUCUGAUCAGUUGCAACAACAAUAGCCCGUUGGCAUCUGCGUCAAUCAACAUCGGCCUCCUCUUUAUCAUCCUCGUACUGUUCUCCAUCUUCAAGAAGCAACCAGGGAAUGCCGUCGUAUAUGGCGCUCGAACCAUGUCGAGGGAUGAGGGGGCUUUCCCCCCCGCUACCAGGAAGACGCCUUCUCGUUCCGCAGGUUUCUUCCUUCUUUCGAACGGGUAGGGCCGGCGUUUCGGGUAACAGAGGACGACUUGAUGAGGAACUGCGGCCUGGACGCCUUGGUGGUCAUUAGGCUCUUCAAAUUUGGUUUCUUGAAGUUGGGUGAGGGGAAAUCCUGCGAGGAAGUAUCACCUUAAGAAAUCGUUGGUCCACUCAUUGGUCGUCACGUUUGAUGGGCCUUUGCGGUAUGGUCUUGUUCUUCUGAUGGUAAAGAGGUUUGCCUUUUUCUUUUUCCUUGUCAUGAUCCAUCGCUUUACUUUCCUUUUUCUUGCUUCUGUUUCUUUUCCGAUGUCUGUUCCUUCUUUUUGUUGAAUUCGAGUUUGAUGGGUUUCGGAUGUGGUUUGUGCUCUAUGUUUACAUCCUGCAAGUGAACUCUUUUCUUCCUUUCUGUCUGGAUCAAUGAUUCUUGUUUUUUUCCCGUCAAAUCCUUAUUCUUCUUUUGAAAUUCUCUCGACAGCAUAAUUUAUGCAUGAGAUAUUCUUAUAUUUGCAGUAAGCAUGUUUUUUGGACCGUUCUGUAUGAAACUAUGAUUGACCAUAUUUGCAUUUCUGUGCUUUUUCUUCUUCAGCACAAAGCUUUUUAUGCCGUGUUCAGUAGUCGGAUUACUGGUGCUUGUGCUUGUUAAUUGCACAAGUCAAAAGAGAUCCUCCAGAAUCACCCUUUCAUAUUCGAUUGAUUCUUUUACCAUAUCGAAUAUUGGAAGACGAUAUAAUAGGUAAUACAUUCUUGGGUUAUAUGAAUGUUAACAAGAAUUAUUAUUCCUUAUGAUUUCCUGAAAAACAUUGUUCUUCACGCUUACUAUUUGGUGAACUCCUUUUAAAUUCACAAAUUAUUACUUUAAUCUUGAGUAGGUUUGUUUUGCUGCAAUGGUGAACUACACAAUUCGUAACUUGUACGUGAGGAUGAAAGAAAACCGAUGCCAUACACUGAUCAUUAUCGUUUGAUUCAUUUUGCUGCAGAAUUGUCAGGGCUCUUUCCUUGCUGGCAUUCUUUUCAUCUUAGUGAAUGUUUUAUGUCAUAUGCUUCUUUUCAUCAGAUAGUACUUUUAAGUCUUUGACUAACUAUUUCCCAGCUUUCUUUAAUAGAAUGCAUCUCGAUCAUAUAUUUAAUAGGCCAUUUUCAUCCAUCAGCUUAGGGAAACAUAAAAAAAAGAGUACUUACUUUGACAUGCAAUAAGACCGGGGCAGAGCUAAAUGUGGGCUUGUGUGGCAGUUGCCCACACGGUCCACAAAAGUUUAUGGAUUUACAUAUUCUUUAGCGCCAACUGUUUGCUUAUUUAUUCUCCUUCGACAUAUUUAAAACUUUGGAUUUUUUGCUAUUCGUUCUUGUUUGGAGCUUGAUUUAACAACCUUGGAAUGACUGCCCAGAUGAUGCAAUAUUUUAAUGAUAUUUUAGAUGAAAAAGUCUGACUCAUGACACUUCAUUGUGCUUCUUGAUGCACCGUGGCUGUAGAAUCGAACCAUGUACUACUGGUGAUAUGCACUGUGAUUCAGUUGGAGUAACUUUGCUAUGUUAUAGAGCAUAUUGCUUAGUGUUUUAUGCAAUUUAUACCUAAAAUCCUAUGACUUCAAGAUCAGCAGUAUUGUGAGGUGAAGAUAAUGUGGAAGAGCUUUUAUGUUCAUCAGGGGCGCACAUGCAUACACGAUCAUGUGCAUACACGAAUUGCAGAUGAAGUGUUCUUUCAUCAAUCAUGUGCAUGCACGAAUUGCAGAUGAAGUGUUCUUUCAUCCAUGCAUGCAAAUGUUGGGAUAAAUAGUAAUUACCAUAUUAUGACUUUGCAUUUUAAAUUUUGUUUUAGUCAACCUUCAUGAUUUUUUUUUCCGGCUUGUAUAUCCUUCAAUACUCCUCUUGAAUUUUCCAAGUUAUUUAAUUCAGUAUUCUGCAUUGUAUGUUUUACACAUAAAACGAAAAUAUAGGUUGAGCUCCAAACAGUUGAUGGGCUAGUGAAAGAAAGCACUCAGUGUGCUCCAAAUGGUUAUUAUUUCAUUCCAGUUUAUGAUAAGGUAUCAGAAAAAGGUUCAUUAGCUUUCUUAUUUUUCUGGUUGCCUGGACGUUUUGUAAGUUUUUUGCUGGAAGUGUUGUAGUAAAUUAAACUGCAGUGCUGUUCCACUCCUAACAGAUGUUUCUAUCGGUUUUGUUCACUGUUUCUGUAAAUGUCUCUUCUUCAUUUAAUGAUUCCAAGAGUUUCCUGAAUCAAGCUGCUGAAUUUUGUCACAACAUAUUUUUCUGUCAUGUAAAACUCAAGCCUCUGCAGUUUAUAACUGUUUUCUGCAUCAAAAACUUAUUGGUAAUGUACUUUUUAAUGCUGCUCACUUUUUGAUAAAUCAAUAGGUUCUGGUUACUUUAGUAUCUGUUGGUCCUUUGUGCAGCUUUCAUGUUCAUUUACGUGCAACUUUCAUGUUCAUUUAGGUUUUAGGACACUUAAUAUAUAAAAAAUACCCCUUUGAUAUGAAACAUCUGAUAAUGAAUAUGGUUCGGGAACUUUAGAGUUUAGAGAUUUACUCUUCAUUAUAGUAAAUGGGUAAGAAGGCAGGUGAAUUAUUACAAAGUGAAAGAUUGUUUUGUAUAUUUUGGUAAACAACAUGGGGUAUGGGAAUUGCCCUGGAGUAUCUGUGUUGGAAUGGCUUUUUUUUGACACAGAUAUGCCUGGGGCCCUGAGCGAUUGAGUAUGUUAGAUGAGAUUUGGUCAGAUCCAAUCCAAAACAUUAAACUUAAGAAAGGGAAAAAGAAUGACACCCUUACCAUGUACAGUUUACCAGCGAGAGGGAGAGAGAGAGAGAGAGUACCAGCAAGAAGAAUCUGAUGGUAGCGAGUUAAGACACCAGAGGGCAAGGGGUGAGCCACCAAUGAGGGCAGAUAACUUGCAAGAGAGAGAUUGCGUGAACCGAUGGCCUCCUAGAGCUGGGUUUCCCCUCCUUCAUAAUGACUGAUGAAGAGAACCUGUAUAUAUAUGCUGCUGUGUUUUAACCCAUAUUGUCAAUUGUCAUAGAUGCACCCACACUCAUAUCCAUAUCCAUGUGACACAGAUAUUUUGGUGGUGAGGUGGGCUGAAUUGGUUGUUUCUGCUGAAGAUCAGCUUUUAGUGAUUGUCUUAGACUUAGUUGUUCAGUCUCUCAAAUUUUUGUACAAAAAUGUAAAAUGUUCUUAUGAAUCACUAACUUAGAACUCCAACUCCUUUUUGAUAUUGAAGAAAGACUUUUGUGUUUGGCAUGUUUCUAGAAAGAAAACAACCUUAUGGUACUUGGUCUAUGUUCUUUUAUCUAUGUUUGGAACUUUAUAAUUCAGUCCUUAUGGUUUUCUAUUGCAUAAGGUAGGUAAGAAUAUUAAUUUAUGGGCAUUUAUAAUCUAGUAUGGUCUUUUGGGGAUAUUACCUGAAUGUGCCAACUAUAUUCCAUGUAUUUGUGCAAUAUUUAGCUAAGACUCUCUAACAUGUGCGGUAUCAAGAUGUCAGGUGCUUUCGUAGAGACGUAUACACACACACAUGCUUACAUUUUCGCAUAUAAUGAGCUACCAAUUCAUCUAAGAGACAAAGGAAUAAAUGGUGUGGCAGCUUAAAGCCUUAGGCAGAAAGGAUCUCUUCUCUUACUAACAUUAUGCAUGUUCACUAUGUUGCUGAUGUCCUUUGUACUUACUAACAUUGUGUAUCUUGUGUUGUAACUUUAGGGUUCUUUUGUUGUCCAAAUUAAGGGACCUCAUGGAUGGUCAUGGGAGCCAGAUCAUGCAAGUUGCUGCUUUCUGGUCCCAUGCUUGCCUUUAAAAUUAUGUUCUCUAUUUACUUGUUGUCUUUUGUUAACUCCUUCAGUUACUUUCCUGAACCUUCUUACUUUUGGUAUGUGACAUGCGAACUUUGGCUGCCAAUAUUAUCGUGUUUUAAAUUAAGCUCAUGACUACACGGAAGCUUGCAUUCUUCUGCAACUGACAAAGCAUUAGUUUUGUUCUGUUGGCAACUAGAUCCCUGUUUCUUUUUCUAGUUAAGUAUGUCCCUGAACUUUCAGUGAAAACGUGUAAAUAUGGUAAAGGAUUCUCUUGAUGUGGAUCCAACUUCCACGUAGACUAUUUGGCAGUAUAUAUAUGCCAAGGGCUUGAGGUUGUAAUUGCUGGUUAAAGUAGUCCUGUAUAGACUGAUUUGCUAUAAUUGGAAAGGUUUGGAUUGUGCGUCUUCUGGAAAGUUUUUCUCAUCCCCACACCCAAAAAAAAAAAACACACCCUUCCCACCCUUAGGACUAGCUUGACGCAACUGUAGGACCUGAAGACACUUUCAGCAAAAGCUUGUUAUUCAUCUGAAACCAGGGGAAUGUUAAAGAUGUUACCGCAGGAACUGGGAUAUAGUGGAGCAGCACAAUAAGGAUUUGAUAACGAACUUCCCACAUUACUCUCAAUAACUGAGCAUAAAAGAUUGUAGUUAGCUGGCAGGAGAAAGAAGAUGUGAGGUGUGGGAUAGUGUGAAGAUGAAGAACAUUUAUGAGGAAGAUGAAGGAACCUCUGUGCUGUGUUGACAGUGCAUACAGAUUCAGCUCUGGGCAGAUUAAGGAGCUGAGAUUGCUGAUUUUGAUAAAACAGGAGUUGUACCGGAGCCUGUGUUCCAUUUAUUACUAGAAAAUAUGGGAGUUGUUCGACAAGGCUGAUGUCAACCAGUAAUUUUUCAAUCUAUUUUACGUUUAAGUUGAAGGUUGUUAAUCACAUCCAUAUGUAAGUGUAUAAGAUGAUGGAAGCAUCUUUUCUACCAUUGAUUUUAUAGAUGGCUAUGCCACACAGGUACUUGUCAAAGGCCCAAGUACACACAUAUUGUGUACAUAUAUCAUAUAUAAUAUAUGUAAUAUACUUGUAUAUGUCAUAUCUAACAAUAUAUUAUGUAUACAUAUAAUUUAUAUGUAAUAUUGCUUAUAAUAUAUUGCAUAUAUUAUACAACCUAGGAUUAUAUAUGUAUAUAGCUUAUAACGUACGUUAUGUAUAUGCACCAUAAUAACAAUAUAUAAUAUAUGUUUAUAAUCUGCUAUAUAUGUUGUAUGAGUUCUUUUGAGAAUUUUAGAAAGCUUAAAUGAAAUUAUUAAGAACUCAUGAGCUGCUUAUAUAUAAAUGUUGGGUACUCUUAAGGAACUAACAACAAGAUUAAGAUAUACUUGACUGUGACUUAAGUAUAGAUUAACCUUAAUUAAUAUAAGUUUAAUUAAACUAUUCCAUAAUUAAGAGUUACUAAAUACCUUUCAGUUUGAAAGUAAAUAGCUUCAAAAUUGGGGACAAGAUUGAAAAAUAAAAUAAAAUAAGAGGGAGGUCGUUGCACGACCCCCAUUUCAAGACCAAAAGAGAGGGAUAGAAGAAAGAGACGAGGGGAAGGGAGGAGACUGAUUUUCAGGCGGUCAAAUCAACAAGAAUCAGGUAUGGUGUCCCUAGCAUCCCUUUUUGCUUUCGGAAAUGGUUUUGAUUCAGUUAAUGCAUAAUUUCACACCAUAUUUUUGGAAUCAUGCUUAUUUCAUGUGUUGCACGCGUUGAUAACUUUUGCUUGACCAAAAAUGGUGCAGACUGGGAUAUUAUGCAAACCCCCAACUAGCCAGUUUGUGAAAUAGCGUCUUUGCAGCUAGUUUUUGAAUUGCCCGAGCCAUUUUGCCAGUCGUCGGCGGCUGACCAUGGCCAGUCCGGCUUGACCACAACUCUAUCCGUGGCCACGUAUUGCUGCUGGUGGUCCGCUUGGCUUGUUUUUGACUUCUUGAGGAUAUUGUCUGAUAUGCAGACACUUACCGCAGAAUGGAUGUCAAGCACAGCCAACCCAGAAGCUGCGUUGGCACCGGUGUAAGAUUGCAGGAUAUUGUCUGCUAUUGGGAAACUUUUCAGCAGAUUGGAUGUCAAACAUACGUAACCUACAAACUGAGUUGCCACCAGUGCAGCAUCCAGAUAUGUAUACACAAAACUCUUGGCAAUCCUUGGAAAAGCAAGGCGACCUGUAGAAGCUUUGGAUAUGGAACGGAGGGGAGUAGUUGGGUCAGCUAGUGUGUAUUAUGAACUGGCUUGUUGCCUUUGCAAUAAAUAAAGGAAGGUGUUGAGAUGCUAUGGUUCAGGAGUUGGACUUCUUAUAUGAGGCCAAGAACAGUGAGAAGUGCUUGGAAAACUUUAAGAAGCUCUCUCUUCAUCUUGUAAACUACAUAUAUGCUCCAAAGGUGUACUGGAAUUUGAGUACCAGUAGGAUGCUGACAAUGGAAUUUAUGGAUGCCGCAGAAGUGACUGAUGUCUCUGCUAUUCGACGACUUGGCAUUGAUCCAAAUGAUGUUCCUAAACUAGUAAGCCAAGUCUUUGCAGAAGUGAUUUUUAAGCAUGGGUUUGUCCAUUGUGAUCCACAUGCUGCUAACAUGAUGGUGUGUCCAUCUGGAAGAACUCAUAUUCUGCACCCAAAAAGAAGGCCCCAGCUGAUUCUGCUGGAUCAUGGAUUGUACAAGAAACUUGAUUUUUCUACAAGGACAAGCUAUGCUGCACUUUGGAAGGCUCUUAUAUUUGCUGAUGUAAAUGGAAUAAAAGAAAACAGUGUUAAACUUGGUGCUGGAGAGGAUUUGUAUACCCUUUUUGCAGGAAUCUUGACAAUGCGACCGUGGAAUAGAGUCAUUGAUCCAGCAGUGGAUCAUUUGUUUUUGCAGGGGAAUGCUAGUGACCGUGAAGAACUCCAGAUUAGUAAUUAUUGAUUGUAGCAUGUGAUCAUAAAUAUUGACUAGAUUUUGACAUUAUACCUUUGAAACUGUAAGAAAAAUGGGUAAAUAGCUGGAGAUUGUUCCAUCUGAGCUACAUAUUUGAAAGUUUGUGAAAUAAUGCAAGGAUCUUCUAAAGGAGAUUCACUAAAAAGAAAAUAAUCUUCACAAGAUUAAAUGCAUUAAGCAUGCAGGAAACACAUGCCAAACACACACAGACUGAAUACGGAAGAGGACCUUUAUUAGAAAAAAGCCAUGUGAAGAAACGGGGCCGAAGUCCCUAAGAAAUAUAUGAAGGAUAAGGUGGAUAUGGUUGCUGGGCUAGCUCCUAGGUCUAGAAGUCUAGGGGUUGGGGCUGUCAGAUUACAACAGAACUUGUCAACAGAUGGGAAGAAGGAGAAAACACAAAGAUGCGGGCUCAAUCUCAUCACAAUUUCCAAAAUGGGUCAUGACUCAUGAUCUAUCUGUUAUGAAUGUAUUUUCUGUUCUUAUUUGCAUUCUUUUUCCUUUUCCUUUUCUUUUUGUGUUUUCCAUUAUUUUUGUUUUUUCCUUUUUUCUCUUCUAAGAGAUGUUAGAGCCCCAAUGGCUAGAUUUGCCUAAAGCCCUCUUGCCUGCCUCUUUAAAACGCCAUGAUGGUCCAUUUGUAAGCAUUAGUCUUGAGGUUUAAUGACACUUUUUGUGCCUUAGUGCACAAAUUAUUUUCUAGUUGUCUUUGUGUGUGCUCUCUUGUGAGAGUUUGUGGUGUGAGAAGGUAUACAUUUAUAUUUAUAUCUACUUUCCUUACAUGAUAUUGAAGUAAGAAGAACUUGGCAGCCAAGUAAGUUCUCCGACGACUCUUUUCUUCAGCAACUUCUUUCCUUUCGUCUCUCCUCGUCCUCUUCUUGUCGCCUCUCUCUCCUCGUCCUCUUUUCGUCUUCUUCCUCUUAAUCCACCAGCAGGGAGACGGUAAGAGAAUAGAACUUGGUUGUGCUAUGUGGAAGACCUAUUGUAAGAUUUUGAUAUCUAAUGCCAAACCACCGGAUGAAGUUAGAUGCAAAAGGAGAAGAAGA